UUGAAUAUUAAUGUUUAUAUUUGUAGGUUAUUGGAGAUAUUGAUGAAAUAUUGGAUUGGUUUCAUGAAGCUGAAAAACAGAUGUUGGAAGCAGAACCUCUCAUUGUUGAUCCAGAUUCUUUAGCAGCCUUAUUAAAAGAACAAAAGAUCUUAAACGAUGAAGUCAGCAGUCAAAAAGGACGUGUUCGAGACAUACUUGCCUCAGCCAAGAAAUUAAUGAGAGAGUCUUCGAGUGAUGAUUUAGCCCAUAUCAGAGAUAAAGCCGAUGAGCUUAAAGAUGUAGUAAAUACUGUAUCAGCUCUUUCUGCUGAUCGCCUCAGUGCCUUGGAACAAGCACUCCCUCUUGCUGAACAUUUCUUUGAAACUCAUGCAGAUAUAAGUCAAUGGUUAGAUGAAAUGGAAUCUGAAGCUGAACUUUUAGAAACUCCUGCCUUGAAUGCUCAUCAAAUCAAAAAACUUCAAGAUAGGAAUAAAGGAUUAUUGCAAUCAGUUAAUGAACAUAAACCACUCUUGGAUAAAUUAAACAAGACUGCUAUUGCUUUGAAAAAGCUUUGCAGUGCAGAUGAAGGUGAUAAAGUCCAAGCAAUUUUAGAUCUGGAUAAUAAUCGCUACAACAGCUUAAAAAUGGCACUUCGUGAAUGGCAAGAUGCUCUUGAUGAAGCUCUGCAGGCAACUUCUCAGUUUUCUGAUAAAUUAGAUGGAAUGCUAAAUGCAUUAUCAUCUACAGCAGAACAGCUUAAUAAUGCUGAACCAAUAUCUGCUCAUCCAGAAAAAAUACAUGAACAAAUCUGUGAUAAUAAGGCUGUUUUGAAAGAUUUAGAUAAACGUUCAAGUGCAUUAGAAGCAGUUAGACGAGCUGCUGAUGAUGUAAUUACCAAGGCUGGCGAUUCAGAAGAACCUGCUGUGAGAGGUAAAUUUUUUAAAUUCCUUUUUUAG